UGUGGAAGUUGAUCGUAUUCAACAGUGUGAAGUGAAGUGACGUGGAGUACUAUCGAUAUGUCAAAGUAAACGCCAUUCUGAAACUUUACAAAGUAUGGGAAGAGUUAUGGACAAAUUAUUGGAUAUGCGACGACAUCGGUCUUAAAACCGGACUUACGUCUUCAGAUUCAACAAAGACGAAACAAGUUUUGACAUCAAGAAGAAUACGCUAGUUGCCGGCUAGCUCCUUAGCUAACGUUAGCAGAAACAGCUUCAUCUGUAAUGCUAAAGGAAGCGUCAAUGCAACUCCGUUAAAUAUUACUGUCGACAUUUAAGCAUGUAAAGGGCUACGAAUAAUAUAACGUUUAACUGACCGAAAACAACUUAACUUAUAUUUCACUCAUACAACAGCCACCCAACUUGUUAAUUUGCUAACAUUAGCUCCCCGAUUGAGAAGGUAAACUGUCAAAAUGGGCUCACUGCUUCGGAGUGAAGAGAUGUGUUUAGCCCAGCUGUUUCUACAGUCUGGAUCCGCAUACGACUGCAUCAGUGAACUUGGAGAGCUGGGACUUGUGGAGUUUAGAGAUCUCAACCCCACUGUGAACGCUUUCCAGCGAAAACACGUCAAUGAAAUAAAAAAAUGUGAGGAAAUGGAACGGAUUCUUGGAUACCUUUUGAGGGAACUCAAGAAAGCAGACAUUUCACUGCCAGAGGGAGAUGUGAACCCAGUGGCUCCUUUACCCAAGCAUGUCAUUGCAAUAAUGGAGCAGCUUCAGAGGCUGGAAGUGGAGUUGGGUGAAGUCACCAGGAAUAAAGAGAAGCUACAGAAGAAUCUGCUAGAAUUAACAGAGUACACACACAUGCUCCGUAUCACUCGCAACUUUGUCCAGAGAUCCGCUGAGCGAGAGCCCUUACAAGUACAGUAUGAGGAGUUUCCUUUUCUAGAGAAAGAGACAAUGAUGGACUAUAGUAGCAUGCAGAGGCUUGGGGCCAAACUUGGUUUCAUCUCAGGACUUAUUCACCGUGUAAAGAUUGAGGCCUUCGAGAGGAUGCUUUGGAGAGUGUGCAAAGGUUACACUAUCCUCAGUUAUGCUGAGGUUGAGGAGUAUCUGGAAGACCCUGACACUGGUGAACCUACAAAAAGUGUUGUGUUUUUGAUCUCUUACUGGGGAGACCAAAUUGGCCAGAAAGUGAAGAAGAUCUGUGACUGUUACCACUGUCACUUGUAUCCAUAUCCCAGUAGCAAUGAGGAGAGGAAUGAUGUGGUGGAAGGACUGAGGACUCGCAUCCAGGAUCUGCACACUGUUCUUCAUAGGACAGAGGACUAUCUGAGACAGGUCCUGAUCAAGGCUUCAGAAUCCGUCUACACUUGGGUCGUCCAGGUCAAAAAGAUGAAGGCCAUCUACUAUAUUCUGAACCAGUGUAGUUUUGAUGUUACCAACAAAUGUUUGAUUGCUGAGGUUUGGUGUCCCAUCAGUGACCUACCAGCUCUGCGGAGGGCCCUGGAAGAAGGAUCGAGAAAAAGUGGAUCAACAGUGCCUUCCUUUGUCAAUCGUAUCCCCACCAAUGACACUCCUCCUACGCUGAUAAGGACAAACAAAUUUACCUCUGGCUUCCAGAACAUAGUGGAUGCCUAUGGAGUGUGCAGUUAUAGAGAGGUUAAUCCUUCUCCUUUCACAUUCAUCACUUUUCCAUUCCUGUUCGCUGUGAUGUUUGGCGACUUGGGUCAUGGUGCUAUCAUGACUCUGUUUGCUUUGUGGAUGGUGUUGUAUGAGAACAACCGGAAACUUAAAAAUACCAGAAAUGAAAUCUGGAAUACAUUCUUUGAGGGCCGAUACAUCAUCCUGAUGAUGGGUCUGUUCUCCAUCUAUACUGGUCUGAUAUACAAUGACUGUUUCUCAAAGUCCCUUAACCUCUUUGGUUCUGGAUGGAGUGUGAAAGCCAUGUUCAAUGCUGGGGUCUGGAAGGAUGCUGACUUGCGUGGAAAUCGUUUUCUUACUCUUGAUCCAAAUGUUACGGGAGUUUUCAAUGGUCCCUAUCCUCUGGGAAUUGACCCUGUUUGGAAUUUGGCAUCCAACCGCCUUACAUUUCUAAACUCCUAUAAGAUGAAGAUGUCAGUGAUAUUGGGGAUCAUACAUAUGAGCUUUGGAGUCAUUCUCAGCACUUUUAAUUACUUGCACUUUAGGAAGAAUUACAACCUGUACUUGGUGUUUCUCCCUGAAUUGUUAUUCCUACUGUGCCUGUUUGGAUACCUGGUGUUCAUGAUCCUCUACAAGUGGCUGAUGUUCUCUGCUCAAGAAUCCAAGGAGGCACCAAGCAUCCUCAUCCAUUUCAUUAACAUGUUCCUCAUGCAAGGUGAUGCAGUGCAACCCCUCUACCCAGGGCAGAAUGGCCUGCAGAUAUUUCUAGUUGUUAUUGCUGUGCUCUCAGUACCUCUCUUACUCCUGGGGAAGCCUGUCUACCUUUACUGGCUUCAUAAUGGCAGCCGUCAUCUAGGAAUAUAUAGGGGAUAUGAGCGUGUGAGACGUGAUAGUGAAGAGGAGCUCUACCUGCUGAGGACUCAUGACAUGGAAGAGGGCAGUAGUCACAGUGAUCUCUCCACCAGCGGAGAACACCAGACAGAAGAGUUUAACUUGGCAGACGAGCUCUUGCAUCAAGCCAUUCAUACAAUAGAGUACUGCCUGGGAUGCAUCUCCAAUACUGCCUCUUACCUGCGACUGUGGGCUCUAAGUUUGGCACAUGCCCAGCUGUCAGAGGUACUGUGGGCUAUGGUGAUGCGGGUAGGACUUCGAAUGGACACCCUACUUGGGGUUUUAUUCCUAGUACCUGUGUUUGGCUUGUUUGCCGUUCUUACUGUGUCCAUCCUCCUGGUAAUGGAGGGCCUCUCUGCAUUCCUUCAUGCCCUGCGACUGCACUGGGUGGAGUUUCAGAAUAAAUUCUACAGUGGAGUUGGAGUGAAGUUUUGCCCUUUUUCUUUUUCUCUCAUGCCUUCCAAUUUUGAGCAUGAUGGCUUACUGUAAAAAAAACAAAACUCUCUGUAUAUUAUUAGGGUUGACCAAAGCCAGAACAUGCCAGCAGGGUUCACUGUUGACUGAUGUAUUCCAACAGAGUGAUAGUGAUUUGAUACAUUUCACAUUGCUCAUUUGCCAUGUAGGGAAAAAGGUAUAGAAUCAAAUAUGCUAAUCAGAAUUUUCUGUAUUUAGUGCAAAGGUAUGUAUUGCAGGGUAUUAUGCACAAAGUACACUAACAGUAUGGGGGAAAAAAUUAUACUAAAAAAAUAAAACGGUAAACCCCUAAAUCUUUGUUAUUAGGCAUUAUUGGCAAUAGCGGUUGAUGAAACUUACAUGAAGGAAAGCGUCAUCCAAAGUAAAAAACAAAACAACUCAAUUUUAAGGAAGAUACAUGCUUUGAAUACAGUAUGUUAACAAAACUAAGUGAAGGAUGCCCUCAAACUGUUGGUGGUCUGACAUGUUAGGGUUAAAUUUUAGUUGAUAUUGUGUUUUUAAUGAGAUUUGCUUCUAGACUUAAAAUUGUGAAAUUAUAUCACAUUUUGCUUCACAAAGAUUUAUCCAAUUUCUUUUUCCCUCUACUGUUGACACUAAUUUUGGUAUGAUUAAUUUGGUCUCUUUUGCCUUUUUUAAAAACACUGGAUAAUGAGACUGUACAGUCUAUCAGUUAUAUGGCAUACUGUGUUAUUUUUCACUUUGUUUCUGGUUUCUUAUCUUGUAGUACCAGAAAAACUACUAAUGAUGUUUGGCUUUUCAGCAUUGAAAAGUGCUUGGG